AUUUCACCAUGAACUGUCAUCAUCAUUCCACGCCCAAGAAUCAUUUCUUCUUACCCUUUUCUUUGUUUUUGCCAAUGCCACAUUCUCAGCUACUGUUUUCUCUCAUUCAUUCUCCUUCAGCUUUGCUUCAAUAAAUAUGUGCAUUUUUGUUCUUCUUUUCCCCCUUCUUCUUAUGGUCACUGAAUUGGAUUGUUUCACUUACAUCACUACAAAGAGGGAACAUCUCCAUCUCCAUCUCCAAGAACCAGAACAAGUUCUUUGAUGCUUUCUUUACCCUUUUCCAUUUCCUUCAUCUGGUGUGUACUACUUAUCACCCUUGUCAUCUGUUACCACUCUACAAUCUUCAUUCUUUAGGACUCAUUCCAUACAACAAGAAAAAUAAAAAAGCCAUGGUCUUUCCUUAGAAGAAAAACAAAUAUCAAUGCUUUUUUACUUUUGAUGUUGUAGCCACCCAAAAGGGGUUCACCUAGACACAUUGAUAGCGUGUUUUUCAAAUGAUUUUGGCGACAUGUCAAGGUUUUAGGAUCUGGUCACAAUUCUGAUAGCAGCUACUACCACAUUUUUGUCUGCAAUUUCAAGCAGUAGCAAGGAUUGAAACAAAAAGUAGUCACAAUUGAAAGGCAUUGGUUGUAUAUAUUCGUGUGAUGGACUCUGCUUUUGGUCUGUUUUUGAUGACAUUUUCGUGGGUGUCAUUUACAUUUCCGGGAUCUGAUGGUCAGAGUGUGAAAUCAGCUCAUGUUCUUGACCUCAUCAUAAGGGAUCACACGUUCAAGGCACUGGACAAGAACUUGAGGACAGCAAUACCACAGUCAGUGGAGCUACCAGCAAAUCUUUCAGGCAUUGGAGUUGAUGCUGUGAGGUUCAGAUGUGGCAGUUUGAGAAGGUAUGGUGCACACUUGAAGGAAUUUCAUCUGGGUACUGGUGUGACUGUGCAUCCAUGUAUUGAGAGGGUCAUGUUGAUCAGACAAAACAUGGGUCACAAUUGGUCUUCUAUCUAUUAUGCUAACUAUGAUCUAUCUGGGUACCAGCUUGUGUCUCCAAUUGUGGGGCUUCUAGCUUACAAUGCUGAUGAUGAUGUUGAUGCUGAUGACAAUGCAAACUCAAGCAACCCUUUCCAACUUGGGAUUGUGGCUGGAGAAAGACCAAUGACAAUUGACUUCACCAAUGCCACAAAGUUGAACAAGGAAGAUGGGAUCAGGAUCAAACCCUUGUGUGCUAGCUUUGAAGGUGAUGGAAGAAUGACACUUGCAAAAGGUGACCCUUCAGCACCUCUUGUUUGUGUUGCAAAGAGGCAUGGCCAUUUUGGUUUGGUUGUGGAGUCCUCAGCACCAGAUGAGUUCAGGAACAAGCCCAUAAGUAGGUGGAAAGUGGCUGUUGGAAGCACCAUUGGUGCUGCUUUGGGUGCUUUUCUCUUAGGUUUGCUUCUUGUGGCAAUGCUUGUUAGGGUGAAGAAGAGAUCGAGAAUGGUGGAGAUGGAGAGAAGGGCCUAUGAAGAAGAAGCACUUCAGGUUUCGAUGGUUGGACAUGUGAGAGCUCCUACUGCACAUGGCACUCGAACCACUCCCAUCAUUGAGCAUCACUACAGACCUCAUCCUCGUUGAAUGCUUUCGUUCUGUUCCUCUCAUCAAAUCAAUUUUGUAACAUUAAAUCAAUUUCAUUCUGUUGCUCAUCAAUCCCUUUGGUAACAUCAAAAUCCAUCUAGUGCAAUUUAUCAUUAGCCAGACAAUCCCCAACUGAAUAUCUCUCUCUAGUUCCCCCAACAAUCAUUCUGAUAUCUGUAUUUUCAAUUCAUAGGAUUUUAGCAGAGAUAUCAGAAGAUUCACAUCAAAUUUACAUGCACUUGUCAACCAUAUCAGCUCCCUCCCUUUAGUUUAUGAUUUCGAGUUUGUAAACAGAGAACUUUUUGUUCCUUCAUUCUUCUGACAAAUUUUAGUAUAUGUCUUCGGUUAUAAAUUUCAACGAGUAUAAGUUUCAUGUCAAG